UUUAAAUGGGUUAUUUACAAUUUUCUGAUCUCCAUUUUUCAUCUUAAUGUUCAAUAAUAUUUUCCUAAUUAAAUUCCUUACAUUUCUUGGACUUAUAGGCAUUUCUUUACUCUUCUAUUCAAUCCUCAAAGUACCUGAUCCAAUGCAGAAAGUACAACUCACUGAAGCUGACACCAAAACUGAAGAAAAAGUAAAACUCACCGAAGCGGAGAACAAAACCGAUGUUUAUUCAGUAUGGGGACUUCCAUCAGAAGAAGUUAGUAACAGGGUAAAGAAAUUGAUGAAUGGUCUUAGAUCAGAAUUCGGUGGGGCCCAAUUUGAGCCGCACGUGACCGUUGUCGGUGCGAUAAAGUUGUCGGAGGAGGAGGCACGUGACAAGUUUAGAAAGGGAUGUGGAGAAGUGAAGAAGGUGUAUAGCGGUACUGUCGAGAAAGUGGAUGUUGGGACUUUUUUUUAUCAGUGUGUUUAUCUUUUGCUUCAUCCUACUACUGAGGUCGUCGAGGCUAGCGCACGCUGCUGCAGAAGCUUUGGUUACAAUAGCUCAAGUCCAUAUAUGCCUCAUAUGAGUCUGCUUUAUGCCGAUUUAACAGACGAAGAAAAGAAGAAAGCUCAAGAAAAGGCUUAUAUCCUCGACGAGAGCAUUGACAACAUGAGCUUCCAGAUAACUCGCCUUGCAUUGUACAAAACAGACACCGAAGACAAAAGCCUCGAAUCGUGGGAGAAGAUCGAAGAGUACAAUCUCAGCGCUAACUAGUUUCAACGACACUGUUAACUCUCCGCGAGCCUAAACUCAUGCCCGGAAAAACAUGGUGUACUUUAUUUUUACCUUUUUGAGUCUUUUAUAUGUGCAGUAUACAUAAAGAUUAUGAUGUUGUGGCUUCCAUUUUCUGUGUACUUUUUGGGUUUCUGCAAAACUUCAGCUCUAUGGAGUAACAAUCUACAGGUUCUCUUUUGA